AUGGAAGAGGAUUCUAGUAUAGUUGCAGCUGUUUUUUAUUUUUUUGGUAUAACCAGGAAGUAUGAUCCCCCUCCUACUGGGUUGGCCCAUCUUUGGGGUUGUGAUGUCACAAUUAAAGAGCUAGACACCCUUUUGUCACUUCUUGCAGAAAAGAAAAGAAAAAUGGAACAAGAAGAAGCUGAGAGAAAUAUGCAAAUAUUGUUAGACUUCUUGCAUUGCUUACGGAAGCAAAAAGUUGAUGAGUUGAAGGAGGUGCAAACUGAUCUCCAAUUUAUAAAAGAGGACAUUAAUGCUGUGGAGAAACAUAGAAUGGAUUUGUAUCGAGCACGGGACAGGUACUCUGUAAAAUUGCGGAUGCUUGAUGAUUCUGGUGGAAGAAAAUCAUGGCAUUCAUCCCUGGAAAAGCACAGCAGUGGCCUUAUAUCUAGUCCGCUAAAUCUUCGAGGAGGCUUGUCUUCAGGGAGCCAUACUAAGAAAAAUGAUGGAAAGUCCCAAGUUAGCUCUCACGGGCAAGGAGUUCAGAGAAGGGAUGCCCUCACUGGAUCAGAUUCACAGCUUAUAAAUCAAUCGGGUCUUGUCCUAGUUAGAAAAAAGAGAGUCCAUACACAGUUUAAUGACCUACAAGAAUGUUACCUACAAAAGCGACGACAUGCAACUGAUGAACCCCAUAUCCAACAACAAAGAGAUAUGAAUCUCAUAAGUCGAGAAGGUUAUAGUGCUGGUCUUGAAGAUUUUCAGUCAGUCUUGACAACUUUCACACGCUACAGUCGAUUGAGAGUCAUUGCAGAACUAAGGCAUGGGGAUAUAUUUCAUUCAGCUAAUAUAGUGUCAAGCUUGACUAUUCUCUGCUCUGAUCUUGUCCGGGAAUAUGCUGAACUACCCAUUUGCAACCUACAGCAGUUCUGUGUUAUGGGAGAGGAGGAACAUUUUGUUGAAGAGCAAAAUUUCUUCCUUCAUAGAAGAGAGCCAUUCUGGAUUGUGAUUAGCUGGCUUGGUUGUAAUGGAGAUAUAGGUGAAGGGUUUGAAAUAGGUUCAAUGAGUGGUAAAAGUAUGGGUGAUAAAGAUUGUGUUUAUGAUGAGAUUAUUGGGAUGUUGGAUGGAACAGGAGGAGAAAAAGAAGGUGUGGAUGAAUGGGUUCAAGAGUUCAGAAGAUCAGGGUUGCUGUUCUUGUACAGGGUUGCUGUUCUUGUACCUAUGAUUUGUCAAGACAUAGAGUUUGACUGCGAUGAUGAUUUAUUUGCUACUGCUGGAGUUUCCAGGCGCAUCAAAGUUUUUGACUUCUCUGCUGUUGUGAAUGAACCCACAGAAGCUCAUUGUCCGGUUGUGGAGAUGUCUACACGUUCAAAACUUAGUUGUUUGAGUUGGAAUAAAUAUGCUAAGAACCAAAUAGCAAGCAGUGAUUAUGAAGGAAUUGUGACUGUCUGGGAUGUAACCACUAGGAAGAGUUUAAUGGAAUAUGAAGAGCAUGAAAAGCGAGCAUGGAGUGUUGAUUUCUCGAGAACAGAUCCCUCUAUGCUUGUAUCUGGCAGUGAUGACUGCAAGGUCAAAGUUUGGUGCACAAAUCAGGAAGCUAGUGUUCUAAAUAUAGACAUGAAAGCAAACAUAUGCUGUGUCAAGUAUAAUCCUGGAUCUGGCAAUUAUAUUGCAGUUGGAUCAGCAGAUCAUCACAUUCAUUAUUAUGAUUUGAGAAAUAUUAGCCGUCCAGUGCAUGUUUUUAGUGGGCACAGGAAGGCUGUUUCAUAUGUGAAAUUUUUGUCUAAUUAUGAACUUGCUUCUGCAUCAACAGAUAGUACAUUACGAUUGUGGGAUGUGAAGGACAACAUACCAGUUCGAACUUUCAAAGGCCACGCAAAUGAGAAAAAUUUUGUUGGUCUCACCGUUAGCAGUGAAUAUAUUGCGUGUGGGAGUGAAACAAAUGAAGUUUUUGUCUACCACAAGGAAAUCUCCAAACCUUUGACUUGGCACAAAUUUGGGUCCCCUGAUAUGGAUGACGCCGAAGAAGAGGCUGGAUCAUACUUUAUCAGUGCUGUAUGCUGGAAGAGUGAUCGGCCAACUAUUCUAACUGCUAACAGUCAAGGCACCAUUAAAGUGUUGGGUGAGACAGGAAGGAUAAUGAGAGUUUGUUUUCUUGGGAUUCAAAAAAUGAACCCACUAUUCCUGCUCGGACACGGACACUCUGUCCUCUUAAAUUAUGAUGUCAGAUUCAUAAUUGAGCCUGCACUGCAUCGUGAGGGAUUCAGUAACACUUUUGGAGAUCCUGUCGUUGACAGGAGAAAAUUUGACGUAGGUUUCCCACAAGGCAAUUUAAACACUAAUAUAUCAGUCAUGCAAAACAAAACUGUGUAA